UCGGCAGAAGGUGCACUGCGAAAUGCUUGUUUGUUUUUAAGAAGUAUGUUUCAUUCUGUCGCGUAUUAGUUUUUGAAAUUUUUGGCAAAGAAGAAACUGCAUGUUUCGUUACUUUUUUGCAUUGCUACCGGGAUGAUUCCACAACGCCGAUUAAAUUUUAAGUGCUGAGAUUUGUGCGGCGCAUUUCGACCUUUCUCGUUGUUUCAAAAUGUAUUAUUUGAAAGACCGCAGGAGAUAUUCUACAAGGUGAACUAUAUUAUGUCUUCCAAUUGAUACGGUUGCUGAGCAGCGCCGGCAUGGCUCCUUCUCCCAUAGACAGCGUGCUGCUGCGGUUCCGUAAGAGUCUUUUGGAGGCAACGGGAGACUCAAGGGAGGGCGGGGGACCUGAGCCCCCCCGGCCGGAGCCCCCGGCCCCUGCUCCUGCACUCGAAGCCACGGUGGCGUCCGUCGUGGAGGUCGUCACCAAUGGAUCGGCCUUGGCCACAGAGGAACCGCUGGGAGAGAAGAUCAUGCACGAGAUUUCAGACAAGACGCACGUUCCAGUAUGGGGUAUCAUCCUGAUCCUGAUCGGAGUGGCCCUGCUACUGGUCUGCAUCUGCUGCUGUUGCCUCCGACGCUGGUGCAAGCGCAGGAAGAAGGACAAGAAAGGAGGAAAGGGAGGCGUCGAUCUCAAAGGCAUGGGCUUCCUUGGAGACGCUUACAAAGAGAAGGUUCAACCGGAUGAAGAAGAUCUGCAAGACAACAUGGAGGACAAUGAAGGAGAAAAAGAGAGCGAAAAAUCGGAGGAAAAACUAGGCAGGCUGCAAUACAAAUUGGAUUACGAUUUCAAUUCAAAUAAUUUGGCUGUGACAGUCAUCCAAGCCGAAGAUUUGCCUGGACUGGACAUGUCCGGUACCUCGGAUCCAUACGUCAAGGUAUACCUGCUUCCAGACAAGAAGAAGAAGCACGAGACAAAAGUUCACCGCAAGACUCUCAACCCUGUCUUCAAUGAAACGUUCAACUUCAAGGUUCCCUUCGCCGAAAUCACCUCCAAAACUCUCGUGUUCGCCAUUUUCGACUUCGAUCGCUUCUCAAAGCACGACCAGAUCGGGGAAGUCAAGAUUCCCCUCAACACUGUCGACUUGGCGCAGACCAUCGAAGAGUGGAAAGACCUUACCAGCGUAGAAGGAGAACAAGGACAGGAAAACAAGUUGGGAGAUAUUUGCUUCUCUCUACGAUACGUACCAACUGCUGGGAAAUUAACUGUAGUCAUUCUAGAAGCUAAAAACCUGAAAAAAAUGGACGUCGGAGGAUUAUCUGAUCCGUACGUCAAAAUUGCCAUCAUGAUGAAUGGCAAAAGAAUCAAAAAGAAGAAAACGAGUAUCAAGAAGUGCACGUUGAACCCUUACUAUAAUGAAUCCUUUACGUUUGAGAUUCCCUUCGAACAGAUACAGAAAGUCCAGCUGAUGAUCACGGUAGUGGAUUACGAUCGCAUCGGGACCUCGGACCCCAUUGGGAAAGUGAUCUUGGGAUGUAACGCCAGUGGAACCGAGCUACGCCACUGGAUGGACAUGCUUGCAUCCCCCCGUCGACCAAUUGCACAAUGGCAUUCGCUCAAGGACCCCGAAGAAGGCCAAGACAACUAAACCUCACCCUCUCUGCUGAACGUUCGAAGGGAUAACCCAAGUUUUUCUUCAAGCACAAUUGAUUCAGAAUAUCAACUUCCGGCUUGACAGCGUGAACCAUAAAUUCAGACAUUUUUGUCCAAAAAAUAUUCUAGGAAAAAAUAUACAUGUAUAAAUAUACAUGCAUAUAUAUACAAAUAAUAUAUAUAUAUAUAGGGUUGAACGUAGAGUUUGUAAAUAGCUAAUAGCUAUAUACAUGCUUUUCACAUUGACACUUGUUCUCAAAGCUGUAUGUAAUUGUAUAUUGUACUAAAUAGUUGAAAUGUUCCGUUCUUAUUUUCAAAGUUUUAUAAAUCAGUUUGACAUUUGCUGUAGCGAUACAAAAUGGGAAAAAAAAUCAAAGUGGUGUUUUGAUGUAGGAGCGAAUUAUUGACAUGUUCACUAAAAAUUUUAAUAAUGUUGCAUAUCACGUGUAUAACUUUAAAGUGUCAUUAGCAAUGUGAUGGCAGUGAUAAUUGGAAUGUUGUUAAUGGUGAUUUUUGUUGUUACUAUGGUUACCAAUCUGCCAAAGCCGGCUCUUGAUCUUGGAAUUUUUUAAAAAUUAUUUUUAUUUUUUUCGACAUCGUCUGGGAGUUGGAUUUUAAAUGCGUGGUUUGAUUGUGUGAUGACUGAAAUGAAAAAUUGGUUGGUUAAACUGAAAAUUUUGUGACACUAUACCAAUAUUGUUGAGUCACUAUUUAAACUAAGAUUUUUGAUUUGAAAAUGUUCAUCAAGUGCUAUUCGAUAGCUUUAAUACGUAAUGUUCCUAAAAGUAAAAAAAUAACAAAAUAUUAUGUUAUUGAAUAUUAUGCGAUUUCAGUAGUUCUUGAAAUGACUAUUGACGUCCGCAAUGAGCUUGUUUUGUUAGAUAUAUAACUGUUGCAUGGUUAUAGUUUUUAAAUUUUUGGAGCUUGUACCUCGCAAAAUAGAAAUAAAAAAGAAGAAACUGCAUAUUUAUUUAUUUUUGAAAAUUAAAAGGUGCAAUAUUUUUCAUUGUAAUCUCAAAACGGUCUGCUGAAGGAUCAACGAGCAUGAAACGUCAACUAUUAAUAUAGAAACUAUACUAGUGGUACCCUGUGUCUUAAUGUAAUUUAUCUAAUAUUCAAACUUUGCUCCUACACUAAAAAGAUAUUUUACGUUCAUUUAUUAAAGAAAAUCUCCGAAUGUCAGUCCUUUGAUAUACUUUUACAAUUUUAUAUUUUUUAUAUUAAACAACCAGAAACUUUUUUUCAGAAACAAAAUUAGAAACCUUAGUGGAUACAUCAUAUGCUGGUCAAAUAAUGUAUUCAAUUGUACUUUUUAUUCUCUAUUAUUUAAAAUAAUUGAAUCUUUACUUUUAUCUUAUACUAUGAAUACGAAUGAGUAAGGCCUCAUUCUUGGUUUGAAUGUGCUUGCAAUGAAUGAAUGUAUAUUUUACUUAUUCCCUGCUUUAAGUGAUAAAACUUUUUUUAUAACAAAAUCUAAUACAAAACUUAUUUUAAUCUUUUUUUUUUCAUGAAGUGAAUAGCUUUGUUUUAAAACUAAUAAACAGAUGAUUGGAAAAAAAAGAAAAAAAAGAAUCACGAAAUUUGGCAGUUAAAUAUGAAAAAUUACCUUUUUUGUGUGCAUUAAUAUAAUGAAAUUUUGUACGUGAUGCAUAUCAAAGUAUGAAGAUUUUUUUUCUGCAUUUCUUUUUGAAUAAGUUUAAGGUAUAAUAUUCUUCUAAAAUUAUAUAUAUUCUUACUAAUUAUUAUAUUUUUAAUGCCAACGAAGUGGUUAAUAUAUUUACUUCGUACAUGUACAUAAACUUGUUUUAAGCUGUAUUUAUAAUAGUUACGCAAAUAAUUGUAAUGUAUUAUUUUGAUCUACGUUUUAUGAAAUCGAUUUUGAUUUUGCUUAGUGCUAUGUUUCAGUUAUUGAAAAGCCACUGUAAAAGUUUUGUAUUUCGUUUUUAGUUUCAAAGUUUUGCUAGAAAUUCAAGGUUUAUUCCUUAAAUAAAAUGGUAUUUAUUAACAUGUUGACACUAUAGACCAAUUAAUAUGAAUUACUGCAUUAUUUUAAAGAGUUAUUUCAUAUGCUGGAUAUGUGAAUAUAUCUCAAGUUAUUCAUCCUCUUAUUUAUACUUUAUUUCAUAAGAUAUUUUUCUUCCUAAAAGCUAUAGCCUUAAACAGGUCUUUACAUUAGCUAAUAGAAAAAUGUUUCAGUAUCCUCUAUGAUCAUUUUAUAUGUGAUGUUAAGUAUGGUUUAUCCCUUCUUUCAUUUAUUUUUUCCCAUGCAAGAGCUGGCUUCGGUACCUGUACAGUUAGUACAAAUACUCAUAAGGUAUCCAUAGUAUAGAGUAAAAGGGGGGUGAACGUGGACAGAAGACCGUUUGUGAGUGUACCCGAAACGAUUCUUGUUGUUUUCUAAAAUUCUUGGAUCACACCGAAUGUUUUAUGGAAUAUCUGUUCGUGGCUUAUUUUGUGAUAUGUGUUCAUAUUUGUUUCGUCUCAUACCAUGCACUGUUUAUGAAGUGUUUUAAUCCUGUAGAUACAUCCAUUGGUCGCGAAUCGUGGAUUCGAAAUUUCAAAAUAUAAAAAUUUCUUCAGCGUCAAAAGUACGCCAGCGGACAACGAACGUGAACCAAUUUCAAUUUAUUCUAAUUGUACAGAUUUAAGCAAUUCCGUAGGUCUAAUCGAGUCGUAAGUAUAAAAAAGCAUUCGCAUAAAACGGGGCUGCACUCUUGUAGACAGAGCGCCUGGACUCUUCAAAGCGCAUUUCAAAGUGAAAAUGGCGUAGAUUAAAUACAAAAAGCUGUUAGAUUCUUGAAAAUGCUGUCGAAAUUGAAACUAAAUUCUAUUGGCAUUUUGCCUCGUCUUCUAUGGAAGCUUCUGCCCUGGCUUUAAAUUUUAUGUCUGGAUGAGCUGCAGCCCUUGUCGACGCAGCCUCUUCGCAGUAGUUGCUGUCCAUAGUGAGUAGGGAAUGGAUUGAAGGAGAUGAAAAAAAAAAAAAAAAAAAUCAACAUUCCCCAAUCGCAUGAAAGAGCUGGGACCGAGAGUCAAUGACGCGCAACACGUCAUCCGCACGUCAAUGACGUACAAUGCACGAAAUAGACAUUAGGACCCUUAGAAACAUUCAGAAAAACCGUUCGAACAUGGUUUCAGAACCGCCAUUUUAAUCGUGCUCGAACAAAUCCAAAUGAAGUCUAUUCCAAACUCGUGACUGGAGGCUUUUUUGCGCAAACGAAGUACAUCAAAUAUUCAAUGAAAUCUGCUUUAUAAAACUCAAACUAUGAAAGAGUAUUUUAAGAGCAUUCUUGUGGUGUAUUUGUGAAUACAUACGUCUUCACCUGUCAAGCAUUAAAGAUGCUAUCUUCAACUUCUGGAGCUUAAAGGUAUGAAACGUCGCUUAGCAUUUUUCUAUUUCAACUAUUUCAACUACUUGUUUUGUCGGAACCCUGUUGAGGUGAAAAUACAUGAGUACUUUUAUCUAACCCAUGACUAUAAGACAUAAACAAGAAAAUAAGGGUUUUGUGGGCGAUAUCUUGAUAGAAUGUAGGCACUUUAGUUCUUUUAAAAAGGUAAGAGCAAUUAUCAUUGAAGAUUGAAAUGUAGAUUAUUAGUUACUCCCACGUAUUUUACCAAUUCACAUUCAAAGAUUUAUAAAUAACUCAAUGCGGUUUUUCUUUUUAAAUUGAAGCUAUUUCAUCAUUUUUAUUUAGUACAUAACCUUAGUUACUCAGUUUUUUUUUCCACACUAGUCACCCUUAAUCCUCAGCGUGAAAAUCUUCAGAAGUAUAAAUCUAACCCCACACUUUCACCUAUCAAAUCCUAUUAGUUUUUGGCUGACAGGCAUAAAAUUCACCUUCCAUCACGAGUCAGGUUAGUACCGCCAGACAAUGCACAGAACCAUAGGGCAAAAGUCGCUCCCCACGCAACCAGACGUCGCCCCGCCGCUCACUAUGGGCAGUCACCACUGUGCGCAACGAGGUGCCUGAAUUCGUAGCUCAAACAUGUUCGAAAAUUCGAGAACUCGAAAUCGGCUUCUUUUACGAGCGAAUUAGAAAUUACGAGGGCAAAAUAUUUGCAUCGUGAAAAACUACGCACUGCGUGAUUUUCAAUUUUACUCUCUUCUUCUGAUUCUCUAUCUAAAACAUUUUGAAUACAUGUAUAAAUACGUACAUAUAUAUAUAUAUAUACAUAACAUAAAUAUAUAAAUAUAAAUAAUUAUAUAUAUAAAUAUAUAUAGCCUGUGUCUCAUGUCAAUGAACUUUAUUAUGUUUGUUUUAUUCUGGUGUAUACUUAAGCUAUGAAAAAUGGAGGUGAAUUUUUGUUUCUCUUCCCUCAAAUCUUGAGUGAUGGUUUCAAACAAAUUGAGAAAAGUCUUUUAAUGUAAACUGUGAUUCUCUAUAGAAAUACCUGUUUUCACUUUUUAAACACAGCUCAUAGGAAUGUUACGGGAUGGCUCCGAAUGUGGUAUUUUCUUGUCAAUAUCUUCAGUUUAUGAUCACCAAUAAAGGUAACAACAGGGA